AUGAUGAACAUACCAGCUAUUUGGGUAUUGGAUAGCGCAAACAAGACGAGCUCCAAUGCGAUGCUGAGUCCCGCCGAUUUGGUGAGAUACCUGACUUACCAAGCACUACAAAUUGAGGGAACAGUUACGACAGAAAAGCAGAUGUCUUUACGGCAUUCACAGCUCGAGGAAGCCAAGACUAGUCAAGACUGGCUUGGACUCUUUAAGCUAAUCGUGCAAGACUUGGGAGGGCAGAUCUAUAUCAUCAUUGAUCUGGCGACUGUGAGCUCUGGUCUCAAAGGAUCUGGUCAAGCCAACUUGAUCUAUCAACUGAACGAAAUGUUGGGAGAUCUGGAUAACAAGAAACCACACAAGGGAUCUGGUACCAAGGUCAAGAUUAUCUUACUUGUCUAUGACGAUAAACAAAGCUUAUGGCUCUUCUCUGAAAACCAUAUCGAAUAUGUCGUCGCUGGUACCAUUGUGCGAAUACUGCUCGCAGAUCCCUCUGAACAGAGGGUGCCGGAUGCGGAAUCGAUGCGUGUGCAGACUCGCCUGAAAUGGUCCCUUGGGACUGGUGAUCGGAUCAAGAACAGUCCAUGUCCAUUGUGUCGCCUUGUCCUAUCUUCCCUGAAGCCAUCCUUCUUCACUGAUUCAUCCACCUAUGAAAUUCAUCUUGCUUGGACAUUGGGGCCUUCAGGGCGCUAUGCUUUUUUAUGUUCUCGGUCUCGACAAGAUACCUGGAUUGGCUUCAGCUCACGCAUGGAGGCGCCUGACCGCCCUUAUGCUAUUUGGAAAUUCUUCGUUGAGCCGUGGACGGGCCCUGUGGUGGACGCUUCCAGGAUCUUACGCUGGAUCUCAUCUUGCGAGCAGCUCUAUGGCUCGAGAUGUGUGAUGCCGAUGGAUUUGCCCUUUGCCGAAGCAUUUCCUGGCCUUCGUACCCUCCGUUUGAUCGAUAUCGAGGACGACUGUAUCGUAGAAAUGACGGGGCUUGAGAAGUACAUCGCUUUGAGCUACGUAUGGGGAGCCGUCACAAACUUUCGACUCACCAAGGCGAAUCGAACGGCGCUCCUAAUGCCCGGCUCUCUGAAAAGGGUCUUCUAG